AUGUCGUUCAUGGGAGGCGCCGAGUGCUCGACGUCGGGCAACCCGCUCAGUCAGUUCGCCAAACACACACAAGAGGAUAACAGCCUGCAGCGCGAUCGCAUCGUCAAUGGCGGACCGCAGGGCAGCAUGGGCGGGUUCCGUAGUGCGCCCGCCCACGCCCCCCAGGAUGAGAUGAUGAACAGCUUCCUUCAGCAAAACGGCCGCCUCCACGACAUGCCGCCCAUGGAAGGCCUGCGACUCGACCACCCCGUCCAAGGCGUACACCUGCGCGCCGCCAGCGCCUCCCCCUCGUGGGCCAACGAGUUCCAACAAAACCCCCAGGCCGCCAUGGAAUCGGCUUUCAAGGUGCCUCAAGGAACCCAAUUUAGUCCCGAGGACUAUGCUCGGUUCGCCCAGAUGCAGCAGGGUAACCAAUCGUCCCACCGAUCGAGUCCGAUGCCGGCGCAGAUGGGAUACCAGCGGCCCAUGAUGGGCGGCAUGGGAAUGGGCAUGGGAAUGAGCUAUGGCAUGGGAGGAGGCAUGUAUGGCAACCAGAUGUAUGGCGCGCCUCAACAGCAACAGCCACAGAUGGAUGCCAAGGGCAAAGGCAAGCUGGUCGAGCUCGACGAUAGACAGUGGGAAGAGCAGUUCAAGCAACUGGAACUAGAUGACCAGAAGGCUCGCGAAGAGGCAGAACAAAACGCCGCCUUGGAGCCCGAGCUGAACCAGUUGGACGAGAACAUCCUAGAGUCGGAAACAGACCACUUUGGCGAUUUCGAGUCAAUAUGGAAAGGUAUUCAGGCUGAAAAAGAAGCCAACAAGGAAAUGAUGGCUGAGGACGAAUGGGUUAACAAAUUCACAGACGGCGACUGGAACAACAUGAAUAUGAACUGGGGAGAAGGCGGGCGGUUGUUCGCGGAUCCGCAGGUUGAGACAUACCUGUUUGAAGAAGACAAUCUGUUCAAAGACACCAGCAAUCCCUUCGAAGAGGGUUUGCGCAUAAUAGAUGAGGGCGGCAACCUUUCACUCGCAGCCCUGGCAUUCGAAGCUGCUGUACAACGCGAUCCCAGCCAUGUCGAGGCCUGGGUACAACUUGGUGGUGCGCAGGCACAAAAUGAAAAGGAAACCGCGGCCAUCAGAGCAUUAGAGCAGGCAAAGAACUUGGACCCCAAUAACCUACCAGCACUGAUGACUCUGGCCGUGUCGUACACAAAUGAAGGCUACGACAGUACGGCAUACAGAACAUUGGAGCGGUGGCUCUCGAUCAAAUACCCGUCGGUGAUUUCGCCAGCCGAUCUCUCGCCCGCAACUGAUUUGGGCUUCACUGACCGACAAAUACUUCACGACAAGGUCACGGAACUCUUCAUCAAAGCGGCCAACCUAAGUCCCGACGGUGAACAUAUGGACCCCGACGUCCAGGUUGGUCUGGGUGUUCUUUUCUACGGAGCCGAGGAAUAUGACAAGGCAGUGGACUGCUUCAGCGCUGCACUGGCAUCGUCUGAGCAAGGCUUGUCGAAUCAGAGCUCCCAAGUCCACCUGCUAUGGAAUCGACUGGGCGCUACUUUGGCCAAUAGCGGCAAGAGCGAAGAUGCUAUUGCAGCUUAUGAGAAGGCACUUACUCUACGACCCAACUUUGUCCGGGCACGAUAUAACCUGGGUGUCAGCUGCAUCAACAUGGGCUGUCAUGCUGAAGCUGCCGGACAUCUCCUGGCUGCCCUUGAAAUGCACAAGAGCGUUGAGACGGAAGGCCGCGAAAAGGCCAGAGAGAUUCUAGGAGGUGGUGUGUCGGAUGAGCAACUAGAUGCCAUGACUACCCAGAACAGGAGCACCAAUCUUUACGACACGCUGCGGAGGGUGUUUACUCAGAUGGGCCGACGUGACUUGGCUGAAAAGGUGGUUGCUGGUGUAGAUCCGAGUGUCUUCAGAGGUGACAUCGACUUUUAG